GGACUGUCUUCUUGAGCAUUCCAAGGAGCUACUUGGUAGUGAGGUUUGCCAAAGACUUGAUGCUAGCAUGGAAAUUGUUGGGCUUCGUGUAUAUCGCUAUGCUUACAGUCAGAUAAAACGGCCAAAGGUGAAGAAAUGUCUCGAAGAAAUAGAACAAGCAAAGAACCGUCUGAAGAGUGUGACACCAGAGCAUGAAGGUGCACCUGUUCUCCUCCUUGCCCUGCUUGACGAGGAUGAAGAGCUCAUCUACAAGACCGUUGAGGAGACCGCCCAUGACGAUGACCUAGGAGACAUGCCCUUGACGCCCAUAAUAUGUAUGAAAGGACCGGGUCUUUUUGAGGCAGAAAUGUUCACUGUCUGUGUGGAUGGUGUUGCUCUAUUGACUACUCAGCGGGCCGCAGCUUUCAAAGCCAUGUUUCUUUUAUACUUUGUCCUUAACAUCGAGUAUCCACCUGAAGUGGCUUUGACAUUGGAGUUUGUGCAGAGGGCAAUCGCGGGAAUCAACCCAGAAAGAAGCACAAAGGCACGGCGAACAUCAAAGAAGCAGUAUUAUCUGUCCCCAAAGGUGGCUGCCCUGGCGAAUGCCCUGGAUCAGUACAAGUUCUGA